UUGAGCUAGCGUGCGAGGCGGCGGGGGCGCCCAAAGCUGCACCGUCUGCACAGAGAGAGACAGACAAGGAGGACCAGCUGAAAGACUGCCAUUAUCGCCGCCGCUACUCACCAGAACCUCUUUAAACAACCCCGCCGCGUCCCAAUGGCUACGAACAAUGAGGCAAUUUUGGAAGAAAUUGAAGCACUGCAGGCAAUCAUGUUGGAUGAAGUAAGAGUAUUGUAUGGAGAUGGAGGUGUGCCAAAUGGUGUGGAGGUUGUGGUAGUACCGGCUACGGCCCAGAACAUUGAAGAGCAGCAUGUGAGAGUGACCUUGGUGUUGUCGCUGCCCCCAGAGUAUCCCGACACCACACCCUUCAUUAUACUCAGGAAUCCACGUGGUGUGGAUGAUUAUGUUUUGGAGAAGAUCAAGCAAGAAAGUCAGCAGAAGUGUGAAGAGUAUUUAGGUUGUCCCGUAAUUUAUGAACUGAUUGAGGUUGUUCGUGAGAAUUUGACUGCUAACAACACGCCCAGCUGCCCAUGUGCCAUCUGCCUCCAUCAUUUCACCGAUACUGAUAUUUUCACAAAGACUCCGUGCUUCCACUAUUUCCAUUCAUAUUGUCUGGGCAGAUAUGUAGCGAACUGCGAGGAAGAAGCUGCAGCAGAGGAGGAAGAACCUCAACCAGCCUGGAUGGCCAGAGAGAAGAAACAGAUGAUGUGUCCAGUGUGUCGGGAUCCAAUUCAAAUUGAGCUCAAUUGUAGUGAGCUGUUGCUCGCACCUCCCCCUGAGGAAGAAGAGAGCACUGCUGAAUUUCGAGCAGACAGUCCCGAGUUGAUAGCCCUUCAGCAGCGGAUGGCUCAACUUUACAUACAGCAGAAAGAAAAGGGAGGAAUAAUUGAUUUAGAGGAAGAGAAGAAUAAAUUUUUACUUUCCUCAAAUAGGGCUGAUUCUUGUGAAGUGCUGGAAGACGGGGUUGAAGAUGUUGCUAAAAUGAGCAGUCCAGAUUCUCCUGUAGAGCCACGUCCAGUAGAACCCACCAUUCCUCCUAGUAGGAGAGACAGCCGUUCAAUGCAUCAGAGAUCACAAGGACAAAAGUCACAAGGCGGCUAUGGCCGUCAGUCUUGGAGAACAGAUCUGGCAGGUGAUGGUAGGCAUUGGUCCGGAAAUCGUGGUGGACGGGGUACGAGUGGUAGCCGUGGUAGAGGGGGAAAUGGUCGUUUUGUAUAUCAUACUUCAUCCAGGAUUAUCUCUGAGCCACAGGGAUACAACUCUACGGACUAUAAAACCUCAUGCGUAAUUGAUAAUGGGUAUGGAACCAAAGCUCAUGGAAAACGUGAGGGCAGCUCUUAUGAAAAUGGCAGUCUUUAUAAUGGGGACAAUCGAUCUGGAAGUAAUGAAAUUGGCAAUGGUGCAGGGGGAGUAUGCAGAAAAGGCCCCAAAAGUUCUGGAAAUCGACAGAGAUAUGGUCCUGGAAGAGGUAGGGGACGUGGGGCACCCCCAGGCUUUGCCCCAUCAUCAUUCCGUCACUCUGCUCAAGACUGGAGUUGACGAUUGUGGCUUGCAGGGUUACGUCCACCCUGUCUCUUCUUUACUUUCUGUCUUCUCAUCUAUCUACUAAGUAUUAUAAUUGUGACUUCUUUAACCCUAAAGUAUUCAGCUUAUUUAACUUUCCAAAAAAUUAAAUGUUAUAGAAAUAGUUUUAAUGACACCUUUAUGCUUGUUCAUUCUAGAUCAGUAGAAGAAUGUGUUAAAUGUGCAUAUGUGUCAUACAUCCUUACGUUCUCCUUACUUCUCAAAAAUCUGUAUUUAAGAUACAUAAAUAGCAAUAUCUCAUCACAAUACAUAAGAUACUCAUCUGACUUUAGAAUACAAGGUAAGUUUUCCAUACUUGUGCUAUAUCUGCAACUUUGACAGGAGAAUGUCAUUCAGCAUACUUUCCUUUAUGGUAAAGAUCCGAGUACCUUGAAAGUUGAAGAAACUCGUUUAAUCAAAGUCACUCAUAAAACAAUAUCGGUGAUACGGACUUCCUGUCAAGAAAUUGUAGAUUGUAGCAUAAUGAAUAGACAUUUAUAUAUUACGUUAUAUUUUAGAUAUUGGUUUCUAUUUGAUUUACCGAAAAACUUUAUUUUUUAUAAGCACAAAAUAUUUACUUUUUAUAAUAGGUUAUUUAUCAGAUGAUCAAGUGUUGGCUGUAUAAUUGUCAGUUUAUUUAUGAACUUUCUGUAUUGCAUUUGUAAUUGGCAACAAUUACUAGUAAUACCUAACAAUAAAGUACAUGCCCUUAAUUUUGGAGUGAGUGCCUGAUGAAUGCAGUUUUUCAAGGGUUUGAUGUGAUAAGAGAGCUGACUACCGAUUGUUGAGUCGCGUACAUGUUUGUUAAAUAAUAUAGAACUGUCAUCUGAAUUAAGGCGUAUUCAUAGAAAUUUAUACUAAAAUAAGUAAGGAGUAAGCAAUGUCUUUGUAUUUAUAUUUUUGUUAGUAUUAAUGUACAGUAAGUCAUUGCAUUGAAAAAGAGGUUGGCAGGUGCAGAAAUCAUCAGGUUAAUCCUCUAAUAGUCAGCUAUGUAGUAUUAGGAAAGUUUGGGGUUAAUGAAACAACAAUACACUAGCAGUUUCAAUCUUCUGUUUAAAUUAUUGUACAACGUGAUCAGAGUUUUGUACUGCAUUAAAUCUUUGUAAUGAAAGAUUUGACAUGUGCCGAGUGCAAUAAUUGGUACUGGUCAUCCAUUGUUAUUUACCAUUUAUUUUGUCUUCUGUAGGAUUUUCGACAAGUCCUACGGAAGUUACAGCAAGUUUUUAUGGCCUAGAUGUACCUGAAGUUGAGCUCACUUGGUUGAAGGUUAUUGUAUUCUAUAAUCAUUGGAGCACGAUGUUUUUUCAUGUAAAAUCAUAAGUAUUGACCUUGCAUAUCUAUUAAAUUUUUAUAGCAACCGAGUACAAAAACACUAUUAUUGUGUUCCCGCAGUAUUUUUGCAGAGCAACAAAAUUAUUUCCUAAAGUUGGUUCCUACAAUUCUCCAUUUAUGCCUUGUAUUUUAGCUAUUCUUGUGUAGUAAAGAUAGUGAAGGAGCACCCAAAGCUCUGACUUUAGACUUUUACAUGCUGGCUUGCUUGUCAUAGGAAAAUCGAUCUCUGCUUUGUUGACAACAGAAACGAAAUUAUGUGGAAAGUUUCAUGACUGCUUCACUAUGCAUGUACAAGUAAUUAUUUAUAGAAGGCACUAUGCCGGGAAGACUAGCACCGUCUAUGGCACAGGUUACGUGCAGCUGGAUGAAUGAUUAUAACAAUGGAUAUUAAUUGGGGUGGUAAAUAUAUCAAAAUAUAAAGCAGCAAAUACAAUUUUCAUAAGUUUAGAUAGCACUGGCUUAGAAAUAGGGUUGUUGAAUUAUGGAACACGGUGAAUAACAUAGGCUUUGGGGUCGGUGAAUUGUUUCAAGGUAGGUUAGGUUAGGUAGAGUUGGUGUGGAUAAGUAGGUAGGAGCUGCCUCACAUGGGCCAAUAGCUAUCUUGCCGUUUUCUUUAUAUUUCUCUUUGCAACUGUCAUUGGGAAGAUGGGCACCCACAGUCCAUUCCCCAAACUGCCAGGUGAAGAUGAGUGCUUGUAUUGCACAAGUAAUGAUUAUUCAAGAAAUGGUACAGUUUACCCAGAUUUUGGAGUGUCAUUAAUUAUGUUAUCAGUAUAUCCAAGUCUUCCUCCAAGUGAGCAAACUUGUGGUAACAUCAGCCUUUCAGUUUUGCUUUAACUUCACUAGUCAGUCUAAGAGACUAACUGUGCUGUUCAGUUGUCAUUCAGCAGUAGUGUUUAUUGUACCCUUUGUCUGCUAUAAACUGCUGUUUGUUUUGUUGGUGUGUGGUAUUCCAAAUGUUCAAAUAAACAUCUCUCAGAAGUGAGAGUCCAGUCAUUGCCAAGCUACAGCACUUUGAUUUUGGUCAUAAUUACAUAAUUAAUAAGUUAGGAUACAAUUAUAGUUUGUGAUUGUUAUUAUAAUAAUUACUAGGAGGCUUACAAGGCAACAUAAGUGUGAUUGAAGCUCUUGCUCCUAAAUGUUUAGUGGCACUGUACUCUUGUGUUCUCAGGUUUUUAUUAUUAAAUUCAUAUAUUAUAAAACUGUUUAAUUUCCUUAAUGCUGUUUCUUUUUUAUUGAUUGCAUUCAUUCUACGAGAAAUAAUUCGUUUAUGUAUUUAACGGUUAUUUGUCGUCUGACUUCAGUUUGUGAGCUCAUAUGUAAUAUCCAUGACCAUUGUCAUUCAUAAUGUGAUAAUUGUAUUAUAAAUUAUUCAAGACGUAAUGGAAGAAAGUUGCAUUGGAAACGUUGCUAACAUCAUAUGGCAAUGUACAUAAGUGAUUACUACUUAAUUAUUUUUUGUGUGUGUACAUCAUAUGUUCACAUUCAAAUGAAUGUUUACAUGUGAAUUUCUUUGUGAACUACACCUUAACGAAUACAACGUGCAUUUGUACGCAUACACAUAGAAGCAAGCAUGAAUACAUAAAUGUGUGCGCGCGCGCGCACACACACACACACACAUGCAUGCAUGCUUGCACACAAUGUUCUUGGUAUUUCUACAAAAUGAUUGUAUGUUAUCUAUCCUGAAUCAAUAUGUUGGUAUCCAUUUAUUCAGAUAAAAAUACAUGUAAACUAUUUAUUUUUUCCAAGAUCAGAAAAUGUCGCAUAAAAGUUUUAGCAUUUGUCGCCAAUGCAGUUGCAUUACUCCCAAGAUAUUCUAGAAACUCUUCUCUUAUGGUACAUCCUACUGUGUGAAAUUUAUAUUGAUGUCCAUGUAUUAAUUGCCAUUGCCAUGAAGAAAUAGUUAAACGUACCUUUAGUAUGAAAAAUAUAUGAUACUUAAUGACUGCCCUGAUCUUUGUGUUUGUUUUAUAAAGUUUCCUCAUUUUCUUAAUAGUAUGAACACAGAUUGUGUAAUAACAACAUACGGAAAUUUACGAGUCAAGUGUAAGCAUGAGACGGCAUACUCUUUAACAGAGUAUGAAAGUGUUGCAGUGUAGAAAAACAAGCAAUAAGGGUGAAAGCUGCCUGUCUCGGUAGCUACAGGAACUUCAUAUUCCACGAAGAGCAAUAUAUCUUUUAUAUACAAUGAGAAAAUUGCAGCCUAUCCUACCAAAGUGAGGUACAGUACUUGCAGUAGCAAUGUGAACGAUAGUACAAAUAUGUCGUGAUAGACCACCAGGAAGUAGACGUUUGUAUUAUUGAAUUUGGACAAAUCAGAAACGUUUAUAUAUUUGUUGCUAAUAAAACCUAGCCUAUCCUAAGCCUAAUUAUUACAUAUUGGUACGAUUGACCACAUAGUUACAAAAGUACUGUACUGUCAUUUCAGGAGGAUGGGUCAGAAAAUUGUGAGAACAGUAUCUGAAUUUUUUUUUAACUUAUUUUUGUUUAAUACUUCAUGAAGAUAUUUGAAGAUUUUUUAUGAACUGCUGAAUAUUGUGUGAAAACUUUAAAAAGAAAAUUUAAAUUAUUGGUAAUAAAAUAUUUAGAACCUUUUAUUUCUUAAUCUAGGCAGCCAUUUGAAACUACUGUAAUAGGAUUUUAGAAUUACGGCUAUGUCAAUCUUACAUUUUAUUUAUUUUUAUAACUUGAAUUUAAUUUCAUAUUUGCAGUCCUAAAGUGGAUGGCUGUCAUAGGAGGAAAGGGCCAUCUUAAAAAAAACAAAAACAAAAAAAAAAAUGAUAAAAAUUAUAGUGUUUUUCAGUAAUCUCUUAUUUUCUGCGAACAAUUUCAACAUUCUGGCCGGCCUUUGUUGUAAACGUUCAAACAAAUUUGAUCGUGGAUAAGAACACCCAAUUUGUGCAAGAUCCCUGACCAUUCAUCAUGACCAUUUCUGAAUAUAAGGACAAAAUGGGGUGUAAAAUUUGUCAAAUUAUUAAAAGUCUAUCAGUCAUA